CGUUUUCAUUUUUCUAGCUUUUGGCAAUACAGCUACACUUUUUGCAAAAGUAUUCUGGGGACCCACCACGAACAGGAAACAUUUAAUUUUCAAAGCAUUUGCACAGAAAUGGAGGGCGCUAAUUCGGCUGAGAAGAUUCCUAAUCACUUGGAAGAUCCGUUCCAGGCGGAGGAAUUCAAAUGGUUGUCGCAGUGGACUCAGCUAAACGCUGAACAAUUCGACGUUGAAGCAAAGGAAAUCGACGAAAAGCGCUCAAAGUUGUUGUUGCACCUAAAAAAUGUGCAUAAUGAAUUAGAUAUCGUAAAGGCGAACUUCAACGAGUUGACUAGAGCAAAUGGCGAAUUGAAGAGCAAAAUCCCUGCAAAUCUGCGUGAAGAUUUCGAGAAGCAGAUAUACAAGCUGCAGUUUGUGCAGCUGCAGAAGGAACAACUAACCAUUGAACGCGAUGGUCUGCUGUUACAUUUGCAGCAAGAGGAAGAGAAUUAUGAAAGUAUUCUUCAAAAACUGGAGGAUCAGAGCCAAACAAUGGCGCAGAUGAACAAGGAGUUUCAGCGUGAAAUUUCCGAGUGUAAACGGCUGCGUGGAGAAACUCUCAGUGCGCUGGAGCAGCAGGAACAAAAUCACUCUCUCGAAAUGGUUAAGCUAAAGCAAACUAUACGCGAAAAAAAUCUGGACGACGUUACUUGCUCCAUUUGUCUCUGCCCCUGGGAGUUGGUUGGCGUACACCGCUUGGUUUCGUUGGCCUGUGGCCACAUAUUUGGCGCAGAGUGCAUCUCGGCCUGCUUAAACCGUAUGGUAGAGUGCCCCAUAUGCAGGAAAUAUGCACAUCCCCAAGAUAUACGCUUUCUCUAUGAUCGUAACCAUUAA